AUGCCGAACAACAAAACACGCGCGUAUUACAAGGGGGAGUUCACGAAAAGCAAGAAAAUUGUGGAUAAAUAUCGACAAAAUCCGGAUUUGUUGCGUCAAAAAGGGGCUCUUGGGGAAUUAUUGUCUCAAAGGGAAGCUAUCGCCCACUAUGGGAAGAGAUUCACUGAGGUGCAGCAAGACAUUUUAGAGACUUGUUCUCCGGAAAGGCUAAAGCAGGAAGAAGAAGAACAUGAGGCUUUCUUGACCGAAACUACAAAGGUUCUCUCGUGUGUGAAUGAUUUUAUUGGGAGAAUAAAGGCUCAUAGAGAAGAAGAGAUAACGGGUGAUUCAAGUGCAGGUUCAAGCGGUUCCGAUAUUUCUCAAUUGAUUGCUCUCAUGUCAAAACAAUUAGAGGAACAGCGAUUGCAAAGAAUCGCCGACACCGAAAUGCUAAAAUUACAAUUGGAAGAACAAAGGGCACAGCGAUUGGCUGACAAAGCAGCUCUCGAGGCAACCCUCAAACAUACUCAAGACGAAUUAAAAGAAGUUUUGAAUAAUUCCAAUAACCUUAAUUUGUCUACAUCCUCGGGAUCCAGUCGCAUGAAGCAUGAGCCAAUUUCGAUUCCCCAAUUCUCAGGGCUUUAUACGGAGUGGAAAACAUUCCAAGAUCUCUUCAUUGCAAUUGUCGAUAAAGACACUUCACUCUCUAAAUGUGAAAAAAUGCAUUACUUGAAGAAAUCGUUGGUAGGAGAUGCGAAGGAGGUGAUUGAGACUCUCAAGGUUUGUGACGAAAAUUAUGAUCAAGCUUGGGAGAAAGUUCAGGAGCGAUACGACAAUAAAUAUGCUAUCGUUAAUUCACUUGUGAAGAAAUUUAUCUCAGUCCCUUCAUUCUCAAAUCCCUCCGUAAGAGGCGUGCUAAAAACUCAAGGACUUUUGGCGGGGAUAGUUGAAUCUCUGGAGAAUCUCGGUGUUGGAGGAAAGGGUAAAGAUCCCUGGGUCGUGUAUAUUGCGAAAUCCAAGUUUGACAAUGAGACUCAAGCUCUGUGGUCGAGAGAGCUUGGACAAGAGCCCCCAACAUGGGAACAGUUCAACAAGUUUCUGAUCGCGCGUGGAAAGUCGUUGGAGAAUUAUGAUCCUAGCAGCUCUAAGACUAACAAGACUAACAAUAAUGAUUCAAAUAAAAUUGUUAAAGCCAAAAAAUCAAGUUUAGUCUCAAGCAAUGUGGAAAAUUCUUUUCACUUUUCAACGUCGACCACAAACCUUUCCUCGUCGGCACAGGUCCCUUCAACGGUUUCCGUUCCUGAUUCACAGGCGAAUCUGUUGUCGCAAUUCGGUACUCUGCCUUGGACGAGUGGCAAUGUGACAAAUAUGUCUUCACUUCACUGUGUUGAGGAAAUUGGAGGAAAUGUCACGAGGGUUCUGUUAGCAACGGCUAUGGUGAGAGUUCUGGACAGUCACAAUCAAGUGCAUUGGUGUAGGGCCAUUUUGGAUGCAGGAUCGCAGGUGAAUCUAGUCACCACUCGUCUCUGUCAGCGUUUGCGGCUGCCGCUGCAAACUGCAAAUUUCAUCGUGGAAGGGGUUGGUUCCAUUAACCAACCAGCAAAACAUCAAGUGUCGCUCACAAUAUUGACGAAUUAUGAAGAGAAUUGUAAGUCACUCUCUCUAAACUGUCUCGUGAUGCGUCGGGUUGCUGGAAAUCAACCAAAUUGGGACGCCCUUUCACUCAAUCCUCCAAUCCCAUGUGGUCUUCAGUUGGCAGAUCCUCAAUGGAACCACAGCAUGCCAGUGGAUUUGUUGAUUGGUGGUGAACUCUAUUGGAGAAUAAUCAAGGAUGAAACUCAACUUCUCGGACCAGGACAGCCGAUGCUAAAGAACAGUUUCUUCGGGUGGCUCAUUGUAGGACCGUGCAAUAGUCAGGCCACACCGGCGCCCACUUCAGUCACUUGUAACACAGCAUCAUUGGAGAGCAUUGACUCUGCACUGCGAAGGUUUUGGGAUGUGGACGAGAUUCCUGACAAAUCAGAGUCUCAAACCGAACAGGAGGAAGUCGAAACCCUGUACUCUGCCACAACCAUCACAGAUUCGGAUGGCAGGUAUGUGGUUCACCUACCGUUUAAGGACAACGUGGGAAAUCUUCGGGACAAUCGGCCUUCUGCCUUUCGACAACUUCACCAUCUGCUGAGUCGGUUGAAUAAAAACCCCGAUCUCAAGUUGCAGUAUGGAGAAAUCUUUGAGGAGUAUCUACGGUUGGGAUUCAUCGAAUGUGUUCCACCAUCUGACCUCAAGGAACCGGCAUAUUAUAUGCCUCAUCAUUGUGUAGUGUGUGAAGAAGCAACGUCCACAAAGGUUCGGGUUGUAUUCAACGCCAGCUCCAAAUCACAAUCUGGUUUGAGCCUCAAUGAUGUUCUCAAAGUGGGACCAGUAACUCAACCUCCAUUGAAGAGCAUUUUGUGGAGAUUCCGGUUGCAUCAAGUAGCGAUGACCUGCGACAUCAUCAAGAUGUACUUGCAAACCAUGUUGCAUGAAAAUCAUCGUAAUUUCCAGCGUUUCUUGUGGAAGGGUCCCAACGAUCAUAGUGUUCGAGAUUAUCGUUUCCGAACGUUGUGUUUUGGAGUUGCUGCGUCACCACAUCUUGCAACGCGCUCACUCAACCAGCUUGCUCAAGAUGAAGGAUCGCAAUUUCCGUUAGCAGCUAAUGCAAUUUGUAAGAGCUUCUACGUCGACGAUUGUUUGAUGUCUGCACCAUCAUUGGGGGAAAUUGUUGAAACCAAACAUCAGCUUAUCGAGUUACUUAGGAGAGCGAGAAUGAAGCUAUCUAAGUUUCAUUCGAACAAUCCUGGAGUGGUUCAGUCUAAAGAGGGAGCUACAAAAACCGAGGAUGUUCAAAUUUCCAGCCAAGUAGUAAAAACGCUUGGAAUGAGUUGGAACUUUGUGACUGAUACUUUCCAAUUCAAAGUCAAACACGACUUACAGACAACAACAGUCACGAAAAGAUUCAUUUUGUCCACCUUGGCUCGGAUCUUCGACCCGAUCGGACUGAUCGGACCCAUCACAACGGUGGCCAAGAUCAUCUUUCAAGACACGUGGCCAUUAAAAAUCAACUGGGAUGUCGAAGUUCCUGAAGAGUUGAAGACAUCUUGGGACAAAUUCAUCAUGUCUCUUCCCGAAGUCGAGAACAUAAGAAUUCCUCAUUGGAUUUCGGAUAUUUCGGAAGUGACUCACCGAGAACUUCACGCCUUCAGUGACGCCAGUGCAUUGGCCUACGGAGUCGUCGUCUACGUGGUGUGUGAGGACAACUUUGGACAUCGAUCAACUCGUCUUCUGACGUCAAAGUCUAAGGUAGUUCCGAUAAAGGUCAACAAAGAUGGAGCGCGGUCAAUGACAAUCCCCAAAGCGGAACUGUGCGGUGCUCAAAUGGCUGCAAAGCUAAUGGAAGACGUACGGGAGUCUCUGCAGAUAUCAGAUUGCUUCUAUUGGACCGACGCCACUGUUGUUCUUCAUCAAAUUCACUCACCCAAGGAAAAGAGGGAAAUAUUUGUUAAGAGGCGAGUAGCAGAUAUCCUCAAGACAUCAUCCAAGGAGCAAUGGAGACACGUAAGAACUGGUGAGAACCCCGCAGAUAUUAUCUCCAGGGGAGCAACUCCUCAUCAGCUGAUGGAAUCAGGCCUGUGGUGGAACGGUCCAGAAUGUUUGAGUAAAGACGCCUCCGUUUGGCCACCAAUGUUUUCAUCAUGUGAAAGUGAUUCAAAGCCCGGAGUUGAACUUCCACCUGUCGUCAUAUCAUCAAAUGCUGCGGAAUGUUCAUCAAAGUCGCAAUCUUACGUUCCCAUUCACGAGUAUUUAUUGGAUCACUUCAGUUCAUUUCUACGUGUCAAGAGAGUGCUAUCUAGGUGCCUGCACAUUGCAAGAGUUUGGAUGGCAAUUCAUCGAUCACGCUGUACGAGAAGUACUUCAAAAUUGUAUCAAUUGGGUCCAAUAACUGUUUCCGACAUGAGAAAUGCGGAGUCUCUCCUCAUUCAAUGGGAGCAGCAACAGCACCUAAGUGUAGUUCUUCGUGCAGCAAGAAAUAGAGCAUUGGACAAAGAUCCUCGUGCAAAAUCAUUCAGAAAACUGCGGCCGUUCUUGGAUGAGAAAGGAGUUCUGCGCGUCGGAGGAAGACUUCAGAGUUCUGAAGCAUCGUACAACUCUCGCCACCCUCAAAUUCUACCAAAGGGUCAACUGGCCCACAUGAUCGCUCAGCAAGAGCAUUUGAUUUCGCUUCACGCGGGACCCCAACUGUUGUUGGCCAAUUUACGUCAGAAAUAUUGGCCAAUCGACGGAAGAAACCUUGUCCGGAAGAUAGUGCGAAACUGUCACACAUGCAUUCGAGCAAAACCCCGUCCAGAAGAGCAGCUUAUGGGAAGUCUUCCUCGAGACAGAGUCACCAACGUUAGACCCUUCUUAGCCAUCGGAAUCGAUUUCGCGUGCCCGCUCCUCAUUAGGCGAGGCACAAGAAAGGAUACGACGGAAAAGUGCUACGUUGCAGUGUUCAUCUGUUUAUCAGUAAAGGCUGUUCACUUGGAGGUACUGACAUCAUUGCACACGGAUGCAUUUCUAGCAGCUUUUCGGAGGUUUAUCGGACGUCGAGGGAUGCCAGCUAGAGUAUAUUCUGACAACGGCACAACUUUUGUGGGUGCGGAUCGUGAGCUGCAACGUUUGUGGAAGUCAUCUGAGCAUCAAAGGCAAGUGGGAGAUUUUGCUGCUGAGCAUCACAUUGAAUGGAAUUUUCUGCCGCCACGGGGGAGCCACCAUGCCGGUUUAGUUGAAUCAGCAGUAAAAUCAUUUAAACAUCACUUCAAGCGAACGAUUGGACUUCACGUUUUGACGUAUGAGCAACUCGCUACCAUUCUUGUACAAAUUGAGGCUGUGCUUAAUAGCCGCCCACUGGUUCCGAUGUCUGACAACCCGGAAGACCUCAACAUCUUGUGUCCAAGUAUGUUUCUCACUGGAGCAGCUCUAACCCAACUUCCAGAACCCAACCUGCAGCAUCUUAACAUGACUCAUCUAGACAAAUGGCAAGUGUGUCAAAGGUUGGCUCAAGAUCUAAGUAAACGAUGGAAGACGGAGUAUUUGAAUACGCUUCAGCAGAGAAACCGGUGGAACACGGAACGGAUCGACUUGAGGGUAGGUGAUAUGGUCUUGUUGGUGGAUGAGUUAAUGCCAUCAAUGGCCUGGCCACUAGGAAGGGUUGUGCAGACAUUUCCAGGCAACGAUGGGCGUGACAGAGUGGUUAACGUCAAGACAAUUAAGGGCAUUUACCGCCGUCCGAUAACUAAAGUUAUUUACCUUCCAAUGAAGUGA